GCAUCCGUGCUUCCCGCAGACCAUCCUUCAAUACAUGCUCUUAACAGAAACCGAGCUCGAUAAUAUGGCGGAGUAUUACUCGCAAUCGACCCCUGACAACUGGACCCACCAAUACCCAUGUCCAAUGGAGUUGGACAUCGACUUCCUUGCCGGCCCCGGCCUGAAUGACAGCGCAAGAUUGACGAUCAAGCGCAGGAAAUUCGGCAAGUUCAUCGGGCUCAGGGGGUGUGAAACGCCGGUGAAGGAAACGCAGAUGCGGAUCGAGCUCGCGCAAGAGCGACUCAAGCUGAGGAUGAAAGAGCUGAGGGACGAAGAGGAGAGAAUGUCUCACGGUUUCAACAAGUGGACAUUGUGACCAAAUUGGGCCUCUUUCUCUACUGAUUUCGGAUCUCGUACGGACUGGGAAAUUUCAGUGUUGGCCAUGACCAGGAUGGGAAGCUGUGUUGUCCGAGCUAGACCAUGUUGGUUGCUCUUGGUUUCUUUUGGUCUUCUUUGCUUGCAUUUUAGCGACAU